CUGACUGCUCCACGCUCCACGCUCCACGGUGUGAAGAGAGUUAGUUGACAAUGGGAAAACGAAGACUUCAAGCCGCUCCUCCUGGUAGUACUUCUACUAGUGCUUCUACUGCUAGCAGUACUACUAGUUUGACUCCAUUUGAUUACUUCUAUGGAGAAGACUCUCUACCAGCGCAUCCUGCCGAUUGGACUUCUUCCACGGUGAAUGAAGAUUCCACGGUAGAAACUCCUUCUGAUUCCGAUUCCGAUUCCACGCUCCAAACUGAUUCCACGGUCACUCAAAGUUCCACUCCCACCAAUGACAAGAAGAACUCUGCCAUUCACUACGUCGACGAGGAUGAUCCUAGUGCCACUGCCACUGAAACUACAACUACAACAAGUGCAACGAGUACUAGCAAGAGACGGACCCGUGAAGGCCACUUGCUAGUCUUACUCCCACUUACCAGAGAUGUUCAAAAAGAAGAUGAUUCACGAACACUACUCGAGUUUCGCGUCUACGUGGAAUUGGCCGCCUUUUUGGCCCAUCAGCACAUUCAGCAUCGCAGUGGAUUGGUCCUGCCCAAUGUACAACGGCGACUCAGAGAUCAACACUGCGACUUUUCAUGGACCUAUCAGCACUAUGAUACACGAUUCUCGCCCUUUCAUGCCGUCAAAGGAAUCAACGACGCUUAUCAUCAUCAUCAUGACACACACAAGGAGAGACCAUUUGCCGUCAUGGGCGCUGCAAGUUCGGCGGUUUCCAGCACUCUGGCAACCAUUGGAGCUGCCAUGGAGAUUCCGCAGAUUACCAGUUCCUCCACAGCGUCUACACUCGAUCGAGCACCACUGGCGGCACGUACCAUUACCAGCAACCGUGGAGAUGCACACGCUAUCAUGGCAUACUUUCACUUUAUCAACGUCAAAACAGUAUCCUUGCUAUUCCUAGAUGAUUCCUGGGGACGCAAUUAUCAAAACGAUUUCCAACAAUAUGCACAUCAAUACAACAUUACACUCCUGCAUUCCAUACCCUACCUCGAUGUUAAUCCACACAAUCUGGACGUUGCCUUGAAUCAAGUACAACAAGCACAAUCCAGAUACUGGAUUGGAAUUCUCGCUCCCAGUCAGUGGAAACCGGUUGUACGAAAGGCAUACCAGUGGGGACUCAUGGGACACGACAAUCCAGACAAAUAUCAAUGGUUCCUACCUGAUCUCGUUGAAUUGCGUGGGGACGCUUUUGCAUUGGAUGCAAACACCGAAACCGAUAUUGCAUUGGCCAUACACGGAAUUGGAAUGCCAUUUAUACAGCUCAAACCAAAUCAGGCACUCGAUCGAGCAUUGGCAAGUGUCGCCACCGACACGAAACUACAACAAGCUUUCAUUCAACAUCAUGCCGAACCACACAUUUUUGACAAUUUCACAUUUACACACUUUCCAGGACGAUCCGUAUUUCAGUACUUGACAUAUGAUGCCGUCAUGGCACUGGGAAUCACCGCAUGUGAAACACCCGGGCUAUUCUCCGCAAAAGAGUUUUAUGACAAUCUACGCAACAUUGACUUUCAAGGUGUCUCGGGACGUGUGCGACUCGAUCCUGUCACUGGAACCCGAUCGGGAGAUGCAUUUUCUUUUGAAAUGGUCAAUCUCCUCUUGAAAGAUUAUAAUAAUAAUGGUGAUGAUGCGGAGCAAGGAGACACCGCCAACAACAAACUAAUCUUCUUUGAAGCAAGGAGUUCCGCAACCAUUGAUCUGGCGCCAGUUCUCAACGCCAACAACAACACCGACAUUAACAACCAGACAGCAUUCAAGCAACAACCGUUACCCAGCAUUACCAUUAUUAAUCCUUUUGUAUUUCACGAUAAUACCACGACACCGCCACCCGAGUUGCCGCAUGUGGAGCAUUACAUGAACUUGAUUCCCAUCGGAUUGAGAGUAUUUGGGAUUGCUCUGGCCGGUCUGGUCAUGUUGCUCUCUGUCGCAUGUGGUCUAUGGACCAUCCUAUAUCGAAAGAGAUAUGUGGUCAGAGCUGCUCAGCCAUUCUUCUUGAUUGCUAUUUGUAUUGGCACAUUUGUGCUAUCCUUCACCGUCGUUCUGCUCUCCUUUCAAGAGGACAUGUCGCAGCAGACUCUCGACGCGGGAUGUCUGAUGAUCCCCUGGACGUUAUGCAUCGGAUACACGGUCACUAUAGCUUCCUUGUACAGCAAAGCCGAUCGAAUCAACAAGGUCAUGAACUCGGGGGCACGACGUGGGAGGAGACAAGGCUUCCGACGGGUCAGGAUCAAACCAUCCGACGUGCUUUGGCCUGCCUUUGUCCUGCUACACAUGGAUUUGGGGUUUCUGGUAUCCUGGACUUUUUCUCCCUUUCGCAUGGCAUGGCAUCGCGUGUACAUCGACAACUAUGAUUCCCUUGGCCGGCAGAUUGAAUCUUAUGGAGCUUGUCGACCAGACGAUGGCUCCCAGUGGUACCUACUCUUUGCCAUCCCCCUCUACUUGACCAAACUACUCGUCUUGGCGAGAGCGACACUUGCCAGUUACCAUGGACGGGACUUGCCGACGGAGUUCUCUGAAACCAAGUAUCUGAUCGUGGCAUUGGUCAGCCUCUGUGAAACGGUUGUCCUGGGAGCUAUUCCCAUGGUUGCAGUUAUGGAAGAUCCCACAUCAUUCUUCGUUGUCUCUACACUGGUAAUCGUGAUUGGCUGUCUUUCUAUCCUGCUCCCUGUCUUCUUGCCAAAAUACUGGCAACGCCAUGCAAAAGAGCCAAAGGGUAGGAAAGCAAUCAGCUUGCUUCAGGCUCCUCAGGUGGCAAACAAGUACACGUGGAGAAGACUGGAACCAGCGAGAACUUUGGAAGAUGCAGAAUGCGAGGAAUCGUUUCGCCAUCGACCCAGCGGUAGCUUCAGUUCCAAUUUCGGGUCCAGCUUAUCGUCGUUCCUGGCAUCGGCACCAGCACCCAUCAAACGUAUAUCCGAUUCUACUGCAGGUUCGAAAGGUUCAAACGGUACUUCAGCAUCUUCUUCUGCAGAUGCCCUCAAAGCGGUUGGAUCUGCCGGAUACCAACUGGUGAAAGGUCCCGCCAUUGUUGCAAAGGCUAUAAUUGUGUCCACCUUUACUACGUCGUCUCAGGAGGACACAGCAGAAGAAACUCUACCAAAUGGCAGGCUCGAAGUCCUUUUCGAAGAGGAAGACGAAAGCACGCGUGGCAGCGUCGUGGAUAUUAAAUGAAUCGAAUCAAUCAAUCUCAGUUGCUUGGAUAUUGACGAAUCUUUCAACAUAUUUUGUGCAAACUCAGCGACAAACUUUGGCGGCGUCACUAGAUUCCUGACUGGAUGCCUUGCCGACAUGUCGAAUCUGCACCAAACGACGCGCCUCGAUACGCAGCAUCUACAACGAAACUGGAAUGUUGGUAAUGCGAUGGCGGCUUUUCUCGGUGUGACCUGCUCUUCGCUGCUACCGUAUCGGUAAAGCCAGAGAACCUGCAUAGGUUAAUUCAAUUGAAAGGUAAUCGAAUCCGGGAUGAGUAGCUACAGUGUAGAGGGAGGUUGGAGGCAACCAAAUGAAUUCGAUGUCCAAUUCACGAAUGGUUCAGCCGUGAAGACACAAGCUGCGUUGCUUAGUACUGUAAGGGGCAACGUAUCCAAUAGAUUUCUAGCAAGUUCGGUCUUGUCGAAGCAAGCAAUGAUGUCGUUGUCCGAGUCGAGUCGUAGCUUGAACAUGGGUGAAGCAAUCCAGAUCGUUUGCAUCCAGUGUCUCGAGGGGUCCUGUACUUUCUGAUAUCUAUGGGUACCUAAGACUAGUCUACGUGGUUUCUCGACCGAUCACUUGAAAACUGGAGUACAUGGUACCGACACAAUGUUGGUGUAGCUUGAUAUCUCUCCUG